GUUAGGUAGUAAAAGAGCAUUGGUAGGCAGCCGAUUGCAUUGAAAGCACCAUCUUGAAAAAAAAGUUUAAUCGAUAUGGAUCUUAAAUUGGUAUUUAUUGCUGUUCUUCUCUGCGUAUGCUUGCUUAAUGUUUCGGCAAGCAAAGACGAAAGCAAGAAGUCAGGCAGUGGGGGUGCUGGUUCACCUGGUAGCGAUAGCUCUGGUAAUGACAGUUCUGGAGGUGAUCGUUCUGGUAGCGACAGUUCUGGUUCUGGCGGCCAAUCGAACAAGAAAUCAGGCAGCGGUAGUUCUGGUAGCGAUAGUUCUGGUUCUGGCGGCAAAUCGAACAAGAAAUCAGGCAGCGGUAGUUCUGGUAGCGAUAGUUCUGGUUCUGGUGGUAAAUCGAGCAAGAAAUCAGGCAGCGGUAGUUCUGGUAGCGAUAGUUCUGGUUCUGGUGGUAAAUCGAGCAAGAAAUCAGGCAGCGGUAGUUCCGGUAGCGAUAGUUCUGGUUCUGGCGGCAAAUCGAGCAAGAAAUCAGGCAGCGAUAGUUCUGAUAGUCGACCUAACAGUAGCAGCUCUGAAGAGAAACCAUGCGUGUCUUCAAGGGGCAGAUGUAAUGCGGAUAGAGACUGUUGUAGUGGGCUCUGUAAUAGUCGUAGAUGCCAAAACUGCAAGACAGUUGGUGCCUGGUGUUCUUCAGACAGUUCCUGCUGCAGUGGAGACUGCAAGAAUAACAAGUGUUUCGAGUGCAAACAGCUUAGGGAAUGGUGUUCCUCUGAUAGCGACUGUUGUAGUGACGAUUGUAGAAGCAACAAAUGCUUUGAAUGCAAAGAACUAGAAGAAAGGUGCUCCUCGGACAGUGAAUGCUGCAGUGGGGGUUGUACGAACAAUAAGUGUUUUAAAUGCAAACAACCAUGGGAGUGGUGUAACUCUAACAGUGGCCUUCCUUGGUAA